AUGGGGGAAGUGUUUGAAUUGUCAACCAAUAGUUCUGACCCUCCUUUGGAAUUGAGAAUUGAUCAAAAAAUAUUUGCGAUUAAAUUGGAGAUGCGUUACAUAAAUGAAUGUUAUCGUGAAAUGCCUUUGUUCAAAGAUGGAGAUUUGGAAGUUUUUGCUACUAAAUAUGAUCCUGAACCUUUUGCUUGGAUUCAUCGUGCUUUGUUGGUAUUGUAUACGCAAAAAUAG